AUGUCUGGAGGAGAGGUGGCCUACACAGUGCUGGAGGUGCUGAUCGCUGUUGCCUGCUGUCUGGGCAAUGUGCUAGUGAUCUCGGCAGUGUGGUUGAGCAGCUCUCUACGGCAGCCCACCUUCUGCUUUAUGGUUUCUCUGGCUGUGGCAGACUUCCUUGUAGGUUCUGUGGCUGUGCCAGCGGCUAUACUGGUAGAUGGAAGAGUGCAGAUUUCAUUCAAUGUCUGUCUCUUCAUAAGCUGUGUGGAAAUUUUGUUGACAUUGGCCUCUGUACUGUUUCUACUAGCCAUCUCUGUGGACCGAUAUCUACGAGUCUUCAUCCCUCUCAGGUACAAGAGGACAGUAACAGAGAGGAGAUCUUGGGUGAUGGUAGCAAUAUGUUGGUUUGUUGCCUUCAUGUUGAGCUUCCCACCCAUGUUUGGGUGGUACAACCAUGACACCUUGUCUCACUCAGGGAACUCAACCACCAUCAUUUGCCGUUUCCUGGCUGUGAUUCCCAUGUCAUACAUCGUAUACUUCAAUUUCUUCCUCUGCACCCUCACACCGUUGCUUAUCAUGGCUGUCCUGUACUGCUACAUAUUCUGUACGAUCCGGAAGAACCUGAAGGGGAGGACGGGUAGCGGUGCCCAGUCCCACAUCUACUUCAGGAAGGAGAGGAGCCUGGCCCGAUCCCUGACUCUGGUCCUUGUACUCUUCGCCUUUUGCUGGCUCCCUCUACACUUCAUGAACUGUGUUGCCUACUUUGGUGACACAUCAAACAUACCCCAACAGGCCUUCUAUGUGGGCAUCCUCCUCUCCCAUGGCAAUUCAGCUGUCAACCCGAUCGUGUAUGCCUUCAAGAUCCGCAAGAUCCAGGAAGCAUACCUGAGGAUAUGGAGGAAGUUUGUGUAUCGAGGUGACAACCAGACCACUGAGAAGAACACCAGCAGUAACCCUAGGGUAGCCAGGAAUGACUGA